AUGGGAUCCAGAGAGGCCACGGUCGCCUCCUUCGUCGAGUCGGCGCCGCCAGGAGAGGUCGGUAGGAAUGGUGCCUGCCCACAAGAACAUACCGACGGCUGACGAUUGCCAGCUUUCUAACGUUGUGAACGGUACGCUCGCACCAAAGACCACCAGAUAUGCGAAUCUGAUGAGACGAGAGACUGAGACUGCAAACAGACAUCAAGGCAUUGGCCAGCAACCAGCCAAACCUACUCCAAUCCCUUGAGCCUGCGUUUCAAAAGUACAAUGAGGAGCAGUACACCACGGUGAAGCUACCUGGUAGCAGUGAGGCGGUAUGGUGCAGUAGAACACGGAAUAGCGGCGAUGGCGGAGCUGACGUGGAGUAGACUCUAAUCAGCUCGUACAACUCGCUAGGAGACGGACGAUACUUCGACUCAGCAAGUCAGACUUCGUUCGAGGUGGAUCAUGCUUCCCAGGUAACUUUUAGCCCUUGCACUACAUCAAACCUAGCUCUAAUACUGACUGCUGCCUCUAGAAAGCAUCCAACGCUCAGUCUCAUCCUCUGGACUCCCAACACGCCGAUCUCGUUCGCUCCCUCCUGAAAUCCUUCUCUGCCGCCGCAACAGAGCACUUCCCUUCCUCUACCAUUGGAGUUUACCCCACCGACUCCGACUCUUCUAUUGCAAUAACACUUGUCGCCAAUAAAUAUAGCCCGCAGAACUUCUGGAACGGACGCUGGCGUUCUACCUACAUACUCAACCCCUCGAGCAACAGCCUGAGCGGCAGUGUGAAGGUCGACGUUCACUAUUACGAAGAUGGCAACGUUCGGAUGAGCACGAGUAAGAAAGUGGAGGUGAGCAGCGGCACAGGCAGUGCGGACGGAACCGUGAGGGAGAUCGCCAAAGCGGAGAAUAAGUUUCAGGAAGAACUGAAUAAGGCAUUCGGUGCGUUGGCUGAGGGAAGCUUUAAGGCUUUGAGAAGGCAGUUGCCUGUCACGAGACAGCGAGUGGAAUGGGAGAAGAUUGGAGGCUAUCGGGUAAGUCCUGGUGCGAGUUAUCUGCUGGGAUUGAAUUGACGCUGACCUUGAACAGCUGGGCCAGGACAUUGGUGGCGGGCGUUCGAAGUGA